AUGGCGGGACUAACGCUCGGCCACAUGUUGCUGUUGCUCAGCUUUUAUUGCACACUGGUGCAAGCCAGUUACCCACUCAAAAUACUAGGUUUAUUUCCACACCCAGGCAUUAGUCACUUCCACUUCUUCCACCCCAUUAUGCGGGGCUUGGCCGAGAAGGGUCAUGAUGUUACUGUGAUAAGCCAUUUUCCCGAUAAAAGUCCAUCAGCACGGUACAGAGAUCUGCCGUUAAUAGCUAAUGAAACUUUUACGAAUAGCGUGGACUUGAAGACCUUCGAAACGCAGCACUUCUACGAUCACUUCCAGAUAUUCUUUUUAAUCACCGAAUGGGGGAAAGACGCUUGCAAUCUCACAUUGCGUUCCGAUGCUUUGGCGCAGGUGUUGCGACAGCGGCAACAUUUCGAUGUGAUCAUCACGGAGCAUUUCAAUAGCGAUUGCAUGACAGCGGUGGCACAUCAACUUAAGGCGCCUUUCAUAGGGUUGAGCAGUUCUGCUAUGCUGAAUUGGCAUUACGAACCCAUGGGCAUGCCCAUGAUAACCUCAGUUAUGCCAUUAGUAUUUAUGGGACACUCCGAGGAAAUGACAUUCGGCGCUCGUCUCGCCAAUUGGUUCACACAUCAUGCCAUGCUUUUGCUUUAUGAUAUUUACAACACGCCCGCUACCGAUGCCUUGGUACGCCACAAAUUCGGACACGAUAUGCCCUCGGUUGCCGAAUUGGCGAAGGAAACAUCAAUGUUAUUCGUCAAUCAGCAUUUCUCAUUGAGCGGUGUCAAACCGCUGCCACCAUCCGUUAUCGAUAUUGGCGGCAUACACAUACAGAAGGCUAAGCCGCUCGAUGCCGAGCUGCAGAAGUUCAUCGAUAACGCCGAACAUGGUGUGGUCUUCAUUAGUUGGGGCUCGAUGAUACGCGCCGAGACUAUGCCGCCCGCAAAACGUGAGGCUAUCAUACGCGCUGUGAAGCGACUUAAACAACGGGUGAUUUGGAAAUGGGAGAACGCCACGCUGGAGCACAAGCCGGAUAAUAUGUAUGUUAGCAAGUGGUUGCCACAACGCGACAUACUCUGUCAUCCGAAUGUGAAGGUGUUUAUGUCCCAUGGCGGUUUAUUGGGUAGUUCAGAGGCGGCUUACUGUGGUGUACCGGUAGUGGUCACGCCCAUGUUUGGUGAUCAGUUUUUGAAUGCGGCGGCGUUCAAGUAUCGCGGUAUGGGUGUGGAGCUGAAAUAUGGCGAUAUCACCGAGAAUUCAGUGCUGAGUUCAAUAAGAGAGGUGUUGAAGAAACAAUAUAUGGAUAACGCCAAAGCGGUCUCAUUCUCCUACAGACAUCGUCCGCAGAGCGCACUCGAGACCGCCAUCUGGUGGGUGGAAUAUGUCGCCAAAACCAAAGGCGCGCCGCUCACUAAAGCUCACGCCGUGCAUGUAUCGCGCUUCGUCUACUACUCACUGGACAUUUAUCUAUUCAUUGCAGCCAUUAUAUUCAUAUCGGUUGUGAGUUGGAGUUUUAUAUGCAGUAGACUGUGCUCGCGGAGUCCCAAGGCCGCUAAACAAAAGUCAAAUUGAACAAGGAGGUAACGAUUUCAGAUUGAGAGAGUUAGUUCAAGUAAAAUUUAGACAAGAGCACUUUAUUUUCUCUCUUAGAUAUAUUAGAUAACAAAUUGCUGUUAUUCUUAACUGAGUUCAAAACAAAUAAUUAAUGAAGUUAUGAAGAGCAAAAAAUACCUAAAAAUUCUUUGCCAAGAUUUUAAAAAAAUUAAGGCAAUAUAAACUCCAUUUU